AAAGAAAAAUCUGAGUCGAUUGCGUUUCGUCUCAUCUUCAGGUUGUGCCACCACAGUCAUGGUGACCAGCGCAGGGAUGGGUGAGAUGUUACUACAGGUGCUCGUGGGUUCGGUGAUGCACAGUCAAGGUAGCUUCAGUUUCCUGUUGUGCGGAAUGAUCUUCGGCUGCCUGGGAUUCGCUUUCUUCAUCCUGCUGUUCUUCGUCCAGCAAAGUCACAAAAACUUCACGGAAGCUUUCCCUAGUAACUCCCCUACCGAAAGACUUGAGGAAAAUGGGAUCAAGACCUGUUCUGCUGCCGUGCUGAACUCAUGGGACACGUCAGAGCAGAAAGCAUCCAUCGAUCCGUAACAAUGGAUGGAAAAUACGACGGGAGCAAAGGGACAAUGGUGUCGUUGACUCAGG